AGGAAAAAUGGCAUAGAUAGAGAUUGGCGGCUAAAGGUGAUGGAAGGUAUACACAACCAUGAACCAGCUAGGUCACUACUUGGGCACAAUUUUGUUGGUCGUCUAAAACCCGGAGAGAAGGAGCAAGUGGGAAAAAUGACAAGGAGUUGGGUUCCACCGAGAAAGAUGUUGUUGACUUUGAAGGAAAACAAUCCUUCAAACUUGACUACCAUAUCUCAGAUUUAUGGUGUUUGCAAGAGGUUAAGAAAAUCCCUCCGCGGGGGAUUGACAGAAAUGCAACACUUGUUGAAGAAGUUGGACGGUGACAAGUAUGUCCACUUUGAAAGACAUGAGCCUGGAUCGGAAGUCAUUAGGGAUGUAUUUUGGGCUCAUCCAAAUGCUAUCAAACUGUUCAACACAUUUCCAUAUGUAGUGAUUAUGGAUUGCACAUACAAGACAAACAAAUAUGCAAUUCCCUUGCUUGAGAUUGUUGGACUGACUUCCACAGAUAAGACAUACUCCAUAGCCUUUUGCUACAUUGUUAAUGAGGGCACAGAUGACUACGUUUGGGCACUGGAGUGUAUGAAGUCUCUAUUAGCUGAUCAAGCCAUGUUGCCUAAGGUGAUUGUUACUGACAGGGAUCUUGCCUUAUUGAGUGCUGCUAAGCAAAGCCUUCCUAACACUACACAUUUAUUAUGCUUGUGGCACAUCAACAAGUGUGUUUUGGCAAAGUGCAAACUCUAUGUUGGCACAGAUGAUUUUGCUGAGUUGGUUAUGAUGAAGUGGGCAGAGGUGGUGGAUGCUGCAACAGUUGAAGAAUUUGAAGUGAAAUGGAUGCAAUUGUUUAAUAUGUGCAAGGCAAAAUACAGCAACUUUACCUCCUAUUGUUCUACUACAUGGUUGGUUCACAAGGAGAAAUUCGCCAAGGCAUGGACAAAUCAUGUGAUGCACUUUGGAACAACAACAAGUAACAGGGCUGAGGGUGCACAUGCCAGUUUGAAGAAGAUGUUACGGGAUUGCAAGGGUGACCUGGCCACUUCAUGGGAUGCGUCGCAUAGUUUGACAUGUAAUCGACAUACUGAAAUAUUAGCAUCGUUUGAGCGCAGUAUUCACAGAAUUGAUCACAUUUUCAUGUUCCCAUUUUACACAAAUAUUAGAGGAUUUGUGUCAAACAAAUGCCUGCAGCUCAUCGACGAUGAACAUAUAAGAAUGAAGUCCUACGGCGGAUGCGAUUGCUUGUUGAGAGAGACUCAUGGACUACCUUGCGGUUGUGAACUUGCAGGUCACCGGUCAACCACUCUCUUGUCAAUUAAUUCUAUUUGUUAUUGAAAGUGACACUUUUGUGAACUUG